AUGCACAGUUUCGUACAAUAUGAAGGGAAGACCAAGCGGCGGGCGUACCUUGCGGUGCUCGUCGCCGGCGCAGGGUCCCAAGAAUACAUGGAUGAUAGGAGGCAAAUAAGUUUUGUCUGGAAUAAAGCUCCUGUUAGCCAUGUAAGGCCUUUCACUUCUCCAUGGGACAGCUCAUCUGAGCUCCCUCAAGCAAAGGAAAUAAGAGAGUUGUCAACGAAAGGUGGGACAAUUACUGGACAAGUUCAUUUGGAUAAAUCUUACGUGUCCACUGCUAUUCCAUCACUUACCCAUGGCAAAGAUGAGCCUUGGCCAAUGAAAGGUCCGGACAUGUCUAUAGCUGCUUCAAAAUUCGAUGGAGCACCGGAUCUUCAGCGUGCUCUCUCUCUUCUGUCAGUUGGCGCCUGCGGAUUGCCCGAUCCUGUACACCAAACAUCUUGCGUCAUCCAAUUCACUAGUGCCAGCGAGAACAGUGGCGACCUUCAUCUAUCACAUGGAGCGAACUCUGGUCUAGCGUCAUGCGGUGAUGGACAGCAUAUAGCUUCUCAGCCUCAGGCUCAGCUAGUUCGGUUUACCAUGGAUACCAGCAACAGUGUCUAUGAGCCCAGUUUCUUCAGUGUAAACCAGAUAAAUUAAGCGUUGAAGACACACGCCACUUGGUCAUUUGGAUAAAUAGCCCUGAAGAUGGCCUAAGCAUGUGCAAGAAGUUCUUCAACCAACCACCGGACAUAAGGAUCUAUCUGUUAAUGUUAUCUGUGUAUUUAUUAGCCAUACCUGAAUUAAGUUGAACCCAAUCUAGGCCAGCUUAUGUGCAAUAUGCAGUUCCAACCUGUGAUUGACCCAUUUUUUCUGUU